AUGACUACCACUAUCAAUGAGGCAAAGCAGCUUGACAUUCAUGGCAUCUCCCCGUUCCGGGGGGAUUUGAAGAGCUUCUGUCGUAGGCUGGCCGCCAUCGGCAUCAUUGCGCCCGUGUCAAUACAGCUGUUUCACAAGUCCGGCAGCUACACGGACGUCUUCCAGUAUCACCCCAUUUGCAUGAUGAUGGCGUUUGUCAUGGUGAUGCCGGAUGUGGUGAGCAGCAUCAGGCGACUGCGGCUGGCACGCCAGAGGUCGCCACGCAAGAGCAACGGCAUUGCAAAGCCGCUUGACGAGCAACUUUCGCGCAGCGAGAUCAUCAUCCGUCACCAGCUGGCUACCUUCGUGAUGGAGCUGGCGGCGGCUGGCGGCUUUGCUGCGGUGGAGUACAUAAAAAUAACGCACAACUACCAGCAUCUCAAGUCUCUGCACGGCAGUGUGGGUGCCCUCUGCGGUGUCACAAUCGUCUGCCAGAUGGUGCUUGGCUGCAUUCUUCGUUAUGUGCUAUCGCCUGAGGACCCGAAGCGUCUCAUGGUGCGGAGGGCGCACAAGUACGUCAGCGCCACCAUUGCUGUCUUGGCAAUGAUGGCGAUGUGUGGCGGCUUUCUUGCCACCGAGUAUGCAGAGAAGAUGAUCCCAUCCUCGAUGAUCCGGACGGUCAUUGUCCUCGCGUCCGCUGCCACCACGGUUGCCGGUUUUUUCAUCUAG